AUAUCGAUCAUCCUGCGGUCCAAAGUAUACCCUCUUUUUUCCCCUUCCCCUCUUCGCUUCGGACCCCUCCCGGAUUCGCUCCCCACAUUGCCCCAUGGCCGCCGUCCGCCGCCUCUCCCCCUCCUUCUCUGCCGCCUCCCUCCGGCGGAUCCUCCUCCUCCGACCCUUUUCCUCCUCCUCCGCCGACGCCGCCGACCAGCGGGUCCUCACGGUGGAGACCAGCCUCCCCUUCAUCAGCCACAAGAUCGACCCUCCUUCCCGCUCCGUCGACACCAACCCGAACGAGCUCCUCUCCUUCUUCCGCGACAUGUCCGUGAUGCGCCGCAUGGAGAUCGCCGCCGACUCCCUCUACAAGGCCAAGCUCAUCCGCGGCUUCUGCCACCUGUACGACGGCCAGGAGGCCGUCGCCGUCGGCAUGGAGGCCGCCAUAACCAAGCGAGACGGCAUCAUCACCGCCUACCGCGACCAUAACAUCUACCUAGGCCGCGGCGGCUCCCUUUUCGAGGCCUUCGCCGAGCUCAUGGGCCGCCGCGCCGGCUGCUCCAGGGGGAAGGGCGGGUCCAUGCACUUCUACAAGAAGGACGCCGGUUUCUACGGUGGCCACGGCAUCGUCGGCGCCCAGGUCCCCCUCGGCUGCGGCGUUGCCUUUGCCCAGAAGUACUCCAAGGAUGGGAACGUGACCUUCGCCAUGUACGGCGAUGGGGCUGCCAACCAGGGGCAGCUCUUCGAGGCUCUCAACAUCUCGGCGCUCUGGGAUCUGCCCGUCAUCUUGGUCUGCGAGAACAAUCACUAUGGAAUGGGGACGGCGGAAUGGAGGGCGGCAAAGAGCCCUGCAUACUAUAAGAGAGGGGAUUAUGUCCCCGGUCUGAAGGUUGACGGGAUGGAUGUUUUUGCUGUGAAGCAAGCCUGCAAAUUUGCUAAAGACUAUGCUCUGAAGAAUGGACCCUUGAUUCUUGAGAUGGACACUUACAGGUACCAUGGUCACUCCAUGUCGGAUCCUGGGAGUACCUACCGUACCCGUGAUGAGAUUAGUGGUGUGAGGCAGGAGCGUGAUCCAAUCGAAAGAAUUAGGAAGCUAAUAUUAUCCCAUGAGCUAGCCACUGCUGCUGAACUCAAGGAUACCGAGAAACAAGUGAGAAAGGAGGUAGAUGAGGCCAUUGCUCAGGCCAAGGAGAGCCCUAUGCCCGAUCCUUCCGAGCUAUUUACUAAUGUCUAUGUGAAAGGUUUUGGUGUGGAGGCAUUUGGUGCAGAUAGGAAAGAGGUGAAAGCCUUUCUUCCCUGAAGCAAGGCCACAUAUCACUGCAAGAAAAAUCUUCUCACAGAAGUUCCAUAAUAAAAUUGGAGGGCAAAUUCAUAGACUUUUGGUUUAUUUCUCCACCAUUUGUUUGGUAUAGAGUUUGAUUUAACUUUCUGAUUGAGGUUAUUGUAUUUAUCCCUCAUGCAUUUUUACACCCAUAAUGUUUCAUUUUUCCUUCUUUUAAAAUUUGAGCGGAACGCAGAAAUUUCAUGUUUGCACGGUUAGACUACGUUUGUUAUUCUUGCUUGGAUGAGUGCACUCGGAAUAAAGCGGAUCUUCUUGUUAUCUA